GGCGGUGUGAGUGUUAGUGGCUGAUCCGAGCGCAGAACGAUGCCAUGUUCUAAAGGGAGGAAUCAGGAUGAUAGACAAACACAUUAUAAGAGAAACCUGCUGUAAUUUGAGAUUUUAAAUAAUCAAACCUCCUUUGGACUCCACCCUGUUUUGCAGAUUGUGGUGUUGGCAGUCAUCAUAUACCUGGAAUUGUUCUGCUUACUUAAUCAUAAGACAUCAGACAUACAAAGUGACAAAACAGAAAUUGAUGUUAUGGAUAAAAUGGAAAAUUUAUCCCAGGAGUCCAGAGCUGAACGGAUCGCUCGCUACAAGGCUGAAAAAAGGCGGGAGUUGGCUGAACGUUAUGGCAACCAGGAAGAGGAGCUUCCAUAUAAGUGGUCAAGAAGAGAGUGGGAGGGGCGUGGUGUCCAUGACUCAACCUUUGCAGAUAAGUACAUUUCAGGAGGAAUUAAUGGAGGAACGGGGCGGCAUGGAAGAACACCGCUAGAAGACAGGCUUGUUUCUACAAAUAUCUCUAAUGGCUGUAAAGUGAAUGCCAGUGUAGAAAACAACCAGCCAAACAGGAAUGAGGAAAACCCUUCAGACUCCCUUGACACUCCCCAGUUACACACUCAUGUAUCUGUAGGUCAGUUGAAGAGCACUCUGCUACAGCAAACCUCGAACCCAGCUGGACCUGAUAAAGUAAUAAUGGACGAUGAAAAUCGGGACUCUUCAAAAAUGGAUGUGCAAACAGAUGACAGAGCCAAGAUGAGUGUAGCUGCCAAGAUGUCUCUGUUUAAAGAGUUGGAGAAAACCGCUUCAUCUGAAGCCUCCUCAUUCCUCAAACCUCGCUCCAGUAAUAUUUUCCAUGAGUGUAGAGCUCGCCGUGGCAAAGAUUUUCGGGCACUCACUCAGCCAAUCACCUUUGAGGAAACCAUGAUGGCAGUGAGGCCUCAGUCAAGCGAAUCCAAGUGUCUGGAGACUGAGCCUGAGGCAGAGGAUGAUGCCUGCUCUAAGAUGUCUAUGAGUGAGAAACUGGCUCUAUUCAACAAACUGUCAAAGCCCAUAUUAGGACCUGUGGGGAGUCCAAUGAGAUACGGCUGCCCUCUAGAGGCCUCUGAGAGACGCAGGCAGAAAGGAGCACGCUACCGCACACAGCCCAUUACCGUGGAUGAGGUCAGUUUGCUUCAGAAAGGGCCUGUUCAGCUUCACCGUCUUCAUCUGACACCUCAUCUUUCCAAACAACAACAGGCUCUGUCCAUCAAUCUGAAGCCCAGUGAAGUGUGUCUUUCUGGACUGAGCUCCUCAAAGGAAUGGGGUUCCUCCAGUGAACACACUGCACCAAAUCAGAACUCUAUAGAGGACAGCAACUCUCAGAAUGCAGUGCAGCAAAGCACUGCAAUUAAAGGCAUCUUGAAAAAGAAUUCUUCAGUGGGAGUAGUGUGGAGGACUGAAUGCAAGGACCGGGAUGACCUGAAUGGACAUGGCCUAGAACCAAAUGGAGAAGAGAGGAAAGUGAGAGAGGUGAAAGAGGAAAGGCAUGCAUCUGCAUCACCAGUGGAUUCCCCCCUAGAUCAACUCUCCAGCGCUCCCUGGAGGCAGAGAGCAAGGAAGGAUGCCUCUACUCACAAAACACGAAGAUCUGCUCCAAAGCAUGAUGGAUGCCCAAAAUUAUCAGCAGACAUGCAUACCACAGAACACAGCAGUAAUGAAGCCAUCACUCACAGACUGAUGGACUCUAGAGAACCUGAGGAAGAAGAGGAGAAGAAGACAGAGGCAAGGAGCAAUAUCACGCCAAGCAUUUGGGCACAGAAGCCUGUGUUCUCCUCUGUGUAUUCUCCUUCUAGCUCCACACCUCAGUAUGUGAUGUUUUUCAAUGAGAGUAGUCUCUCUUAUGAAGCUCAGGAGGUUUCCUCACCAACUCAAACCCAACCACAGGUGAAGAGCAAAGUCAAGGCAAACUGUGAGGAGGAAGACUCUGCCAAUCUCGUCUUUACAGCAGCACAAACAAUAUGUUCCAAUGAGGUCCAAGAGAGUCUGCAGUUUGAUACUGAGAUGGCUAAAGAUGUGGCGACCUCUGAACCCUCUUCACUGCCAGUGUGUCAGACCAGACGAAACACAGAGCCCGACCUGAGCAUGCUCUGUCAAACAAACACUCCAAUAUUGAGCUCAGCUGUAGCCGAGCACAGGCGCUCAGUACGGCCGUCCCGCAGGACUCAGGGUUCAAGGAAUCCAUUACGUGCUCUUGCUGCUCGAGAAGACAUCCAACAUGAUUUCAUGCAGCCUGAAGAUGACAGUGAAAUUGAAACUAAGAGGGCUAUGAAAAAUUCAAACAGCACCUCAGUUACUCUCACCUCAAUUGAUGUCACUUCCUCUGGCAAUGUGAGCAGACCCACAGUGCCAUACAACAAACUUAUGCUCAUACACAUUAAAGGAUGGAGGCAGGUGCAGGUGCGGUUGGUAGAGCCGGUGGCGCGGUCUCUUAACAGUGGCGACUGUUUUCUACUGGUCACACCCUCACACUGCUUCCUCUGGACUGGCAAAUUCUCCAACAUCAUUGAGAGAGAAAAGGCAUCUGAAAUGGCUUCAUUGAUUGUGACCCAGAGGGAUCUUGGAUGUCAGGCAACAGGUGUCAUUCACCUGGAUGAAGGUGUAAAUACAGACUGCCUGCAGGCAGCAGAGUUCUGGAACAUUCUCGGGGGACAGACACAGUAUAAUGGUCCAGAUGGUGCCGAUGAUGAUGAGCUCUAUGAGAAAUCCAUUUCAGAGUCGAACUGUAUUUAUAGGCUGCCGGAAGACAGACUCAUGCCCCAUGAACAGGGCUGGGGCUCCAUACCACUCCUUUCUCUACUGGACUCCUCCCAGACUCUACUCUUUGACUUCGGCAGUGAGCUCUAUUUGUGGUAUGGGAAAGACGUUGGUCCCAGCAAGAGGAAGCUGGCACUGCAGCUGGCUCAGCAGGUUUGGGAUGGAGUUUAUGACUACAGCAACUGCAGGAUCAACCCUCUGGAUCCCUCUGCUGGCAAUGCACCCAUUAAGAAGCAAGGCAUUGGGCGGCCAGGCUGGGCACUUUUUGGCUGUGUAUUUGACCAAAAUGAGACUAUACUGUUUAAAGAGAAGUUUGCUAACUCAUUUGAACAGACAAAAGUGAAUAAGAAUCACACUGCACCCUCAAUUCAAGAAGAAGUCCAGACCACUUUGCUCAAAUCUCCUUCAGAACCAAUACUUGUUGAGCAGUGGUCAUGUGAUGCCAAAGCUCUCUUUGGUGGAGUCUAUCUCUCGGGGGUGUCGCAAAUCAUUCUGGAUGGUGUGGACGUACGAAUGGGACAUGGCCUAGUCACUCUGAGUGAUGGUCGACAGGCGGAGUUAUGUACUCUUGCAGUAAAAAAGUGGCUUAUUUCAGAGGGUGAAGAGUGUGAGGUCACCCCAGGGAGCUUUGGACAGUUUCAUGAGGGCAACACAUAUGCUUUACGCUGGACGUACAGCCUCACGCCCUUGGUGGACCAGAUGACAAGAGAUCAGAAAAGAUCUGCACUUUUCAUCUGGAAGGGGCGGAACUCAAAUAUCAGUGGGCGGGACCUGUCACCCACACUAACCAAUCAGUGUAGCUCUCAGGUGUUUGUAACUGAAGGGGAGGAGCCACCCUGUUUUUUGCAACUGUUUCAGGGAGGAAUGGUCAUUCACAGACAACACAGCAGCAGAGAUACAGAUGGUUGGCGCCUGUUCUGUGUGAGAGGGGAUGUGCCAGUGGAGGGCAGUCUGUUGGAGGUUGAAUGCUCCCGCUCCAGUCUGAGGUCUCGUGGCUCUCUGCUCCUGCUGAACAGCCAGCAGGGGGUGCUGUACCUGUGGCAUGGCUGCAAAGCACACAGCAGAGCCCGUCAGGUGGCCAAGCAGACCGUCCAAUGCCUCAUACAAAUGUGCCCGUCUGAGCUGGGCCUAACCACUGGCAGAUGUGUGAAUGUCCAGGAAGUUGAAGAGGGGAGAGAGUCAGCAGCGUUUUGGCAAGUUAUUGGACCACAGGACAGGAAGUUGUAUGACUGCAUGUUACAAGAUCCUGGUAAAUAUAAGUUUACACCCCGCCUUUUUCACCUGAGUGCCCAAUCGGGAACUUUCAAAGGGGUGGAGCUAAUUAGUCCCUCCCAUGUAAAUGGUGUUAUUACAGCAAUGCCCUUCCUCCAGGACAAGAUGUAUGCUAUACCACAUCCAACACUGUUUCUGUUGGAUAAUUAUCUGGAGGUGUAUUUAUGGCAAAGUGGUGAAGCUUCAGUCUCACAGUGCCCCCACUGGGACAAAGAGAAGAAGUGUGCCAUGGAGACCGCCUUACAGUACUGCAGAGAGAGAAAUCCCAGAAGGCCUCCAUUUGCUUACCUUAUUGAUGAAGGAGCAGAGCCUCUCACCUUCACUAAUAUAUUCCCUUCAUGGGAGAUGAGGGUAAAACCAGAACUACAAGACUGCAUAGUGCAUAAAAAGCUGGUACUGGUGCAAGAUGCCUUAGCAGCUAUUAACAAGAUCCAGUUUCCCCUUCAGGAUCUGCUGAAGAGACCUUUACCUGAAGGAGUGGAUCCACUGCACCUGGAGAACUACCUGUCACAGCAUGAUUUCAAGGUUGCUUUGGAAAUGACAUGGGAGGACUACAACUGUCUAUCAGAUUUACAAAAAAUGGACCUUAAGAAAAGCAAAGGACUUUACUAAAUCAGCAGCACUGCAGCCUAGUCUCAGCAGAAAAUACUUUUAAAAGUUGUGUUUGUAAGAUUGUUCUUGGAAGGUAUUGCAAUCCCAUGUACAGUGUACUGUAACUGUGAGUGUCAGUAUGUGUCCUUUCAGUCUGAUUAUUUUAAUGCCUAUAAUGUCCAUCACUCAUUUUGUCCAAAAGCUCAAAUCUAGACAUAACUGUUUACUCUGCCUUAGAGAAAUAGCUGCCAUGUUAAUUUCUCAAGUUUUCUUCCCCUCCUUGUCUUCCAUUGCAGCUGUUUCUGCCCUCCCUCUUUCUCUCUUUUUCCUUCAGUCUGCCUCCUCUGUCCUCUCUAAACAAAGCAGCACAUGUGAAGAAGAGGUAUGGGUGUUUAACUGAACUUUAAGUUGAAUUUGGUCAUGUUAGUUUCAAAAUAAAAACAUAAUGAUAUAUUUUCAGUGUGAAACUUUUAUUCCCCUUUACAAAUCUCAAAUACAUAAACAGGAUGAAAAUCAAAGAACAAAUAGAGCAACAAAAGAGAAACAUCAGUAACUAGAGUGCUAAUUAUGAUAAAAUUAUCAUUCUUUUCAUUGAAACUGAACAUUAAAUGACUGACAACUGUAUGUGAUACUUGAAAUAUGAAUUGCAGGGUCCUGUGUGUCUGCUUAUUGUACUGUAGAUGCAGUGAGUGUGUGUGUGUGGUAUUUGAAAGAGGAAAGUGUAAGUGUAGUGGGGGAUUGUGAACACUGUGACUGUGAGGGAGGAAUUAGUGUGGAUUUAGACUUCAUGUGACUCUGGUGAAAAAUUAUAGGCCACUUCUAGAUGGCAGACAGAGAUAAGAAUGUGAGUGUGUAUUUUUUUCUCUUGCUGAAUAAUGAGCUGACUUUUAACUACAAACAAGGUACAUUCACCAAAAGCCAUCUUGAAUUUGAGAUGUGAAUACACUGGUGUAUUUGGAAGAUGUCUCUUUACAUCUAAUUUACUGCAGUAUAUACAAACGGUUCUGCAAAUGAGACUAAACUGAUAAUGGAAACAAAUCUGAAUUUCCACAGCAGAAUUAGUGUAUACUUGUAAGAUAUUGGCCUAACAGCUACUCACAUCAGCCACAGAAAACUGAACAGAUCUUACCAUUAUAUGUCACUGAAAAUGUUAACAUUGAAGAUAUGCAAACCAUGUAUAUACCAUCAAAAUAUACUGUACGUUUUGUGUUAAAGGAAUGUUUUGGUUCAAUACAAGUAAGCUCAGUCGAUAGCAUUUUUGGCAUAAUGUUGAUUACCACAAAUUACUUUGACUCGGCCCUCAUUUAUUAAAAAAAGAAAAAAGGAUGAAAAUAAAUAAAUCACAGUUACAAUUAGGCUUUAACAAUGGAAGUGAAUGAGACCAGUUUGUUAACAUUAAAAUAGUCAUAAUAGCCACAAGAUGUAACAUAUCUGCUAACAUGAUUUUAAUGUGAUUAAAUCUUUUUAAAAAUGUAUUAGCCUAAUAGUGCUUACAAGAAUAAAGGGUUUACCUGUUUUACGUCAUCUUGACUUUGAAGUUGAAUUAUUGGAUAUAACUUUAAACAGAAAAGGUUAGUGAGUUUAUAACAUUAAAGCAUGUUAAAACAAAUGUUGUUAAUGGCUUGUGGCUAUUUGUGGCUUUGUGUGUUUUGAUAUUAAUGGACUGGCCCCACUCACUUCCAUUGUAAGUACCUUCCUGUAACUGUGAUUUUUGUCUUAAAAAAACAAGGGGUGAGUUGAAAUACAAUUUUUAAGUAGGCCUACUCAACAUCAUGCCUUAACUUCCACUGAACACAUAACAUCCUUUUAUAACAUAAUAGCACAAUAUGUACAGUACACUUAUCUAGAAAAGAUGUUUGUGUAAAAAUGCACUACGAAUUGUUAAGCCAAAAAACUUGGCAAUUUUAAUCAGCAACUAUUUAGAUCUGGUUUAUUCAUUUAUAUAUUUGAUUGUUUCCGGCACUAAUGCAGAAUCCGUAUCUUGCAUGAGGAAACAUCAGACAGUAUGACCACAAUUUAACAACUGAACUGAAAUGUAACAGUGAUGGAGCUUGGGAGAGAGAGAGAGAGAGAGAGAGAGAGAGAGAGAGAGAGAGAGAGAGA